GAGAAGGAGGUCAUCGGCGGGCUGUGCAGGUGGGGGCGAGCGUUAUUCCGCAGCGCUUUAUUCAUUUCCACCUUUUUCUUCCCCCCCCCCCUCCCCACCUUUUCCUUUUUUUUUUUUUCUUUUUUUUUUUUUUUCCCUCCACGCGUUUAUCGUUUUUUAAACCCCUCGCGAGGCAUUCGCUUCUCCGUUCUUUUUUUUUCGUGUUGUUAUUUCUCCUCCCCCCCUCUUGUUCUCUUCCCCCCCCUCUCCUCCCCCCCCGCCCCGAUCCCCGCUUCCCCUCUCUCCCCGCACGUGGGUGCCGCUCCCGGGGCCGCCGCCGCCGCGCACAUGGGGCCGUGGGGCCGGGCCCCGACAGCGGCCAUGCGGCCCUGCGGCCCCGCACCGCCCCGCGCCGCCCCGCAGCGGGGGGGGAUCUCGCGGCGCCGGGCGUCGGGGGCGCGGGGGGAGGGGGGGGGCGGGAGCGGCCCGCCGGGAACGGGGGGCGCUGCCGGGGGGCGUGCGGCGGGGGGGUGUGUUUACUGCCGGGCCUGGCCGUGACUCUGCAGCCCUCCCGGAGGAGGCGGGCCGGCCCCGGGGCUGCCGGGACAUGUAGUGCGGCGGGAGCGGCGCUAGGCCCCGCCGGGCCACGCCGCGGCACAAAGCGAGCGCGGGGUGCGGGCCGCGGGCCGGCGGGGAAUGCCCGGCGGCGCUCCGCCCUCGGCCGCGGGUGGGGCGGUCGGGUCCCGCCGGGUCCCCGCGCGGCUCCGCGGAGGCCUACGGGGCGCGCCCGGAUCCUCGCGGCCCGCUCGUAGCGUGGGGCGGCCCCGCCCCGCCCGCGGGCCGAGGGAGCGCCGCCGCCGCCGCCGGGCCCGGCCCCGCGUGCCGCGCGGAGCGGAGCUGCGAGCCGGGAGGGGGAGAGGGGGCGGGGGGGGAACGGCCGGGACCGCCCUGCACGGAGCGCCCGGCCUGCGGCUGGGGACGGCGUGCCGCCGCUGCGAGCGACGAGGGUGCCGCGUGCUCGGGGCCGGCCGGCUGCACAGCGCCCUGCAGGCCCGGCGCCGCGGGCUGCGUCCCGCCUGCGUGCCCGGGGACGCCCCGGCCGGGAGCUGCGCGGCACCCUGCGCUGCCGGGGGGCUCGGGGAGCCCCGGGGGAGCCGUACCUGUGAGCUCGGGACGCUCGGGGACGCCCCGCGCGUGAGCUUGGGGUGCUCGGGGACGCCCAGCUGGGCUCGGUGUCACCCCGACCGCUCUGCGGGCCUGGGGAGCCCCGGCACAGCCCGUCUGCCGGCACGGGGAGCUCGGGAGCAGCGCGCCUGCUGGCCCGGUGUCACCCUGCGUUGCCUGCGAGCCCGGGGAGCCCCGGGGAUGCCAGACCUGAGAGCUCAGGGAGCUUGGGAACACCCCGCCGAGAGCUCGGGGCGCUCAGGGGUGCCGUCCCUGCUGCGAGCAUCCUGCCCGUGAGCACACCCAGCCCCGUGCAUCCCUGUGAGCAGCGCGGUCGGCUGGCUCUGACCCUCAGCAGUUUUGCUCCCCUUGAGGUCCAGCCUGGCCAACAUCCCACUGACUCCGGAGACCCAGCGGGACCAGGAGCGGCGGAUACGCAGGGAGAUCGCCAACAGCAACGAGAGAAGGCGGAUGCAGAGCAUCAAUGCCGGCUUCCAGUCGCUGAAAACCCUCAUCCCGCACACGGACGGGGAGAAGCUCAGCAAGGCGGCCAUCCUCCAGCAGACGGCUGAGUACAUCUUCUCCCUGGAGCAGGAGAAGACCCGGCUACUACAGCAGAACACCCAGCUCAAGCGGUUCAUCCAGGAGUUCAGCGGUUCCUCCCCAAAGCGGCGACGAGCGGAGGACAAAGAUGAGGGCAUUGGCUCACCAGACAUCUGGGAGGAUGAGAAGGCCGAGGACCUGCGGCGAGAAAUGAUCGAGCUCAGGCAGCAGCUGGACAAGGAGCGCUCGGUCCGCAUGAUGCUGGAGGAGCAGGUUCGCUCGCUGGAGGCCCACAUGUACCCCGAGAAGCUGAAGGUGAUUGCUCAGCAGGUGCAGCUCCAGCAGCAGCAGGAGCAGGUGAGGUUGCUGCACCAGGAGAAGCUGGAGCGGGAGCAGCAGAUCCGAACCCAGCUCCUGCCAGCACACGGUCCCCCAGCGCCCACCCACCACCCCACUGUGAUCGUACCAGCACCGCCUCCCUCCCAUCAUGUCACCGUGGUCACCAUGGGCCCGUCCUCGGUCAUCAACACAGUCUCCACAUCCCGGCAAAACCUGGACACCAUCGUUCAGGCCAUCCAGCACAUCGAGGGCACGCAGGAGAAGCAGCUGCAGGAAGAGGAGCAGCGGCGUGCUGUCAUCGUGACGCCCGCACGUGCCUGCCCAGAGCCCUCCGCCUCCGACACCGCCUCCGACACGGAGGGCAAUGACAGUGACUCCAUGGACCAGAGCAAAGAAGACCCUUUGGGGGAAGGGGAGCUGCCCUGACACCCCCUGGCCGGCAGCCGGGGCGGGGAGCGGGGCGAGGGGGGGGGAAACGUCAGAGAAUAUGCUGAAAUUUUUAAAAAAUACGUGGCGAUUUGGGUCUCUUUUAUGACCUUUUUCCAAUACUGUAACGCUGGGAGCGGGCGCCGUUCAGCGCUCAGCUCCCAGCGAGCGGGGAGAAGGGGGGGCUGGGGCGGGGGGGGGGGGGGCAGCGAGGGGGGACAGAACUGGAAGCGGGGUGCAGCCGAGCGGCUUCGGGAAGGGGCUUAGGGCUGGGGGGGGGUCGGAGCCCCCCCCGGUGCCACCAAACUCUCCCCGCCGCCUGCAGGAAACCCUGCAGAACCAAAGCCAGCCGGGUUUCCCUUGGGGCGCUGCAGGGGGGGGGCGGUUUGGGGUUUUUGAUUCCUUUUCUCCUUUUCUUUGUUUCGUUCUGUUUGAAAGGUUCGUUUUUAAGCCGGCGGGGGGGGGGAGGGUUUGGGGGUGGGGUGGGGGGGGCGCUCCCACUGACCGCAGCAGCAUCGGUGCCGUGGGGGUCCCGGGCUCCAUUUGCAGCACCCACCCCCGGCGCUCCCCUUCCUGCUCCCCUCCUUCCUUUAAGCACUUAAUCCGGUUUGCGGGGUUCGUCAGGUCAGAAGAGCUUUUCUGUUUCAUGAUUGUGGCGCUUCUACUUUUUGUUGUGGGCAGGGGGGGCCCCACUUCUGCCCCCCCCCCUCACCCCUCACCCCUCCAUUCACCUCCGCCCCCCUCGUUUGGCUGUAGGGUUUAGGCCAGUCGUGUGUAGAGCCCUGUUGGUAUUCGGUAGGUUCCUCCCCAGCCACAGCUGUUUCUCUCUCGGUUUCUUUCAUUUUAUUAUUAUUUUUUUUAAUUUUUUUUUUUUUUUUUACGAUUUUCAGGUCUUUGUGUUCAUUGAGAAGCUAUUAUAUUUUGUUAAGAAAGUGAAAAAAAAAAAAAGAGGCUCGUGCCUUUGUAAAGAAACAAAAUAAAGUUUGUACUUUGUUUUUUAGAA